AUGAGCUUAAUUAAACUACCCUUGGAAGGGUUUCAAACAAUAUCUGAUCAAUCCGAGAUAGAAUAUUGGCAAGAUCAGAUGAAGAAUGAUGGUCAAUUCAUCCAAUUUAUGACGGAAAUAUUCAAGAAAAAGAAGUUGGAAACACUACGUGAACAGAAAAACAUUAAUAUGAAUCAUCAACCACCUUUAUUGACUAGUUCACAACCUCCACCUGUCCAAGAAUCAAUACGACAUCUGCCGAAUCAUAUGGACCAGCCUGUAGUGCCAUCCAACCAUCAACAACAAUAUAGUCAAAGUUACGGACCAUUGAUGGACACAAUAAACGACAAGUAUAAUGCAAAUCCUGACUAUCAAGACAUAACAACAUCGCGACGAACUUGGGAAGAAGUCAGUCCAGAAUAUCAAGUAAUACAACGGACAAAAAAGCAUCGACCUCAUGAAACAUCUCCUAGGACCGUUGCAACCAAUGUAGCACCACUUACAUUAUCAACAACAGCAGCAAAGGAAGAUCAACAUCAUCAUCUACAAGUGCUUCCAAGCCACGUCAAACGUGCAAUUACAAGUAAUCUUCCAUGCUUCUUUAUUAAAUUUAGAGGUGUUGACGAAUCGGACCAAGGUAUAUCUAUAUCGGCAAUGAAGGUGGCUGAAUUAAUACGUCGUACGAUCUUCCAAGAAACAACUCAAACUAUUCGUGAUCUCUCUCUUCUGAUCCCAGUGGGGAAGAACCGUUUCAAAGUUGGAGUAACAACAAAGAAAAGCUUUUUAUUAUUAUGGAAAUGUAAAUGGCCCGAUCGAAUGGAUAAUUUUGAAGUCGAAGUUGAACGGCCACGUGCUUUACCAGAUUGCUGUGCCUUAGUAGUACGAAAUGUGCCAACAGAUUUAUCAAACGAAUUUGUAUACAAUGAAAUUACAAAGUCGAUUACAUCAGCAGUGUCCUUAACCAAAAUGAAUUAUCAUCGUCAACGUCCAACAAACGACUUUAGAUUCUGUGUUCCGGACGAAAUCGAAUAUAAUGAAAUGAUUGAUAUUGGACGUAUUGCAAUUGGCCAAAUGCUACUUCCAGUCACUACCUUCCAAUCAAGUUUGAAGAUGACCUUUUGCACCAACUGCUGGGAACUUGGCCAUAUUCGACCACAAUGCAAAGUAGGACCUCGAUGUCGUUUAUGUUUAGAUCCUUGGGAUAGCCAGCACACAUGCAACAAACCAAAUAUGUGUGCUCAAUGCCAUGGUCCACACUCAUCACUGAGUAUGGAAUGUUCGGCAGUAAGAAGUUAUCGACGUAAUUUAAAAGAAGAGGUGAGCAAAGCGGUAGAAGAAGGUCGAAUAAAGCAAGUCGACAAUAAUAAGGUGAUGGCCCGUCCAGGUGAUACAGAUGCGGAUUUCCCGUCCAUCCAACAAUCAAGUCAAGUUAAAAAGGCAUGGAAUAUCACUCAAAGAAUAACAACAACAACAGAAGAAAAUGAAUCAAAUAAACAAGAUCAGUUAAGUAAAUUGAACAUACAAAUAGGAAGCAUUUUAGAGGUGACUCAACGAUUGGAAAACAAAUUCGACAAUAUAGUUACUCGCAUAGAAUCAUUAGAGAAGAUAUCUACAAUCAACAAACAAGGAAUCAUGGUCUUAGCUAAUAUAUUGCAACAAACAAUCAAUGCAUCAAUUGGAAAGAAACAACUGACCACGAUAAUGAAUCUAGCGUAUCAGAUUGAGAAAUUCAAAGAAGAUUUGGUCGAGAAAUUUAACACUCUAGGAAACAAUCAAGUACAAGCGGAUUCAUCAUCACGUCAAGGGACUAAUGAUUCUAGCAAUCACGUAGCAACUGGAACUGGUGAUGAAACUAUUGAGCAAGUCACUCAGAAAGACAACUUAAUAGACACGAAUGAUGAAUAA